AUGUUCAUAGUCAAGCGAAUACCAAUCCAGCCCAUCAAAUUUAUAAACUUCAAAACCAAAGCAAUUAUUCCAAAAUAUAUGGCAGGAAAGCAACAAACGAUAGGUAGAUUUUUCGGAGGAUCAGCUGCCCCAGUAGUUAAAUCAAGUCCUACUAAGCAUAAAAUAUCUCCACCAUCAUCACCUGCUUUGAAAAAACAAAAACUUGGAGAUGAUGAAAAAGAAAAUGCAAAAGCGAAACCAUUGACUACUAAUUUGGAAGAAAUAAUUGUAAAACCAGUUGAAAACAAAAAUGAAGAGGCUCAAACAAAUCCAGCUCCACCUUCUUCAUCAUCAAAAAUUCCUUAUUCCUCAUUAACUGAUGUAAUGGAAAAAAUAGAAAACGAACCAGGAAGAUUAAAAAUGAUUGAAAUUAUAAGUCAAUACUUUCUUGAAAUUUUGAACAACCAUAAAGAUAUCAUGAAAUUGAUAAAAAUAGUUUAUUUAUUUAUCAACAGACUAGGACCAGAUUAUGAACCUGAUUUGGAAUUAGGAUUGGGAGAAACUUUAUUAGUCAAAGCUAUAAGUGAAUGUUAUGGAAGAUCACCAAGUAAAGUUAAAGAAGAACUAAAAAAAUUAGGAGAUUUAGGUUUAGUUGCUCAAAAAUCACGAAGUCGUCAAUCAACUAUGUUUAAACCUGUAUCAUUAGAUAUUGAUACAGUGUUUGACAAUUUAACAAAAAUCGCUAAAUCAACUGGUAAAGAUUCUCAAAGUAGAAAAAUUGGAAUAAUUAAUAAGAUGUUAAAUUCAUGUGAUGCCAAACUGUUUGAAGCAAAAUUUUUAAUAAGAUCAUUGGAGGGUAAAUUAAGAAUUGGGUUAGCUGAUAAAACUGUUUUAACUGGAUUAGCACAAGCAUUGUUAUUACAUGAAAAUGAAAAAAAUGGGAAUGGAAACAAAAGAGUAAAUCCUACAGAAAUUGAAAAAGCAGUAGAUAUAUUCAAAGAAGCAUUUACAGUAUUACCAAAUUAUCAAAUAUUGAUUGAAAAAGCUUACGAACAUGGUAUAUUAAAUUUACUAGAUCAUUGUCAUAUAACUCCAGGUAUUCCUUUGAAACCAAUGUUGGCAAAACCUACCAAAUCAAUGGGUGAAGUCUUAGAUAGAUUUCAAGAUGAAAAAUUUACUUGUGAAUAUAAAUAUGAUGGUGAAAGAGCUCAAGUUCAUUUAUUACCUGAUGGUACAGUUAGAAUUUAUUCCAGAAAUUCUGAAAAUAUGUCAGAAAGAUAUCCUGAUUUAAUCACCGUGAUUAAAGAAUUUAGUAAAACUCAAGAACAUACUUCUAUGAUUUUAGAUUGUGAAGCUGUUGCUUGGGAUAGAAUAAAUGAAAAAAUCUUACCAUUCCAAGUUCUUUCAACUAGAAAAAGAAAAGAUGUUGAAGAAAAAGAUAUUAAAGUUCACAUUUGUUUAUUUGCUUUUGAUUUGUUAUAUUACAACGAUCAAUCAUUAAUAACCAAACCAUUAAAUGAAAGAAGAGAAAUCAUGAUAAAACAUUUAAAACCAUUAGAAGGUAAAUUUCAAUUUGCAACAGCAAAAGAUUCUACUUCAUUGGAAGUAUUACAACAGUUUUUAGAUCAAAGUAUUCGUGACUCAUGUGAAGGAUUAAUGGUGAAAAUGUUAGAAGGUACGGAAUCCUAUUAUGAACCAUCAAAAAGAUCAAGAAAUUGGUUAAAAUUGAAAAAAGAUUAUUUAGAUGGUGUAGGAGAUUCACUUGAUUUAGUUGUUAUUGGUGCAUAUAAUGGUAAAGGUAAAAGAACUGGUGCUUAUGGUGGAUUUUUAUUAGCUUCUUAUAAUCAAGAUACAGGUGAUUUAGAAACAACUUGUAAAAUUGGUACAGGAUUUAGUGAUGAAGAUUUAGCUAAUUUAUAUCAAAAAUUACAUCCAACUGAAGUAAGUAAUCCUAAAUCAAAUAUUGUAUAUGACAAAAAUAAUGCUAAUGCCAAACCUGAUGUUUGGUUUGAUCCAUCAAUGUUAUUUGAAAUUUUGACUGCUGAUUUAUCAUUAAGUCCAAUUUAUAAAGCUGCUCAUCAACAAUAUGGUAAAGGUAUAUCAUUAAGAUUUCCACGUUUUAUUAGAGUCAGAGAUGAUAAGGGAGUAGAAGAUGCUACUAGUUCGACUGAAGUUGCUGAAUUUUAUGAGCGUCAACAACAUGUUAGUGGUGGUUAG